AAUGGUCUCCUAAGAAUGAUUUCCGUGAACGCACCCAUUGGCUAAAUUGGUCAGAUUCUCCACAGCAUCACAGCCACACGGGUUGUACUUUCUUCAAAUCGUGGAGCCGCUUGAUUGUGUUAGUACAUCGUUUCAGCUUCUUCUAAAUAGUCUGGUUCCGCAGAGAUUAUUACAGUGAUGGAUGAUUCCAAUGUUAGAACGUAUGCAGAUAGCCUUGAUGAUCCGCCAAACAGUCGGUUGUUCUUAGUGACAAGUAAAUCCACUACCGAUGAGGUAAUCAGGGAGCAUUUUUCAGUUUUCGGGGAGAUUCAAGACAUUUGGGUGGUAAAAGACAAACACACCAAAGAGUCGAAAGGAGUUGCCUUCGUUAAAUUUGCCAAAUCAUCGCAGGCAUGCAAAGCUAUGGAAGACAUGCACGGGAAAUGUCUUGCCGAAGGAACAAAACCAAUUAAGGUGUUCAUCGCCCAGUCCAGAUCCUCUGGGAGUCAUCGAGAUGUUGAAGAUGAAGAGCUGACCAGGAUCUUUAUUAUGAUUCCAAAAACAUUUACAGAAGAGGAUUUAAAGGAAAAAUUCAAGGAAUAUGGCGACAUUGAGUAUUGCAUUGUUAUAAGGAAUAAGACCACAGGAGAAAGUAAAGGUUUGGGCUAUGUGAGAUACUUGAAGCCUUCCCAAGCAGCCAUGGCUAUUGAAAACUGUGACAGAAAUUACAGAGCAAUACUUGCAGAACCCAAAAACAGAACUUCUGCUUCCUGUGAGAAUGAUUAUUUCAAUACUCCAAGAUCUGAUCACAUGAGCUACGAUCCUGGAAUGAAUUCAUAUCCAUUUGCUGAAGCCGGUAAUUUUGGAGUGAAUGAGAUGAGAGGCAGUGACUCGAUCACGAAAUGUCUGUUGGUCUCUUCCCGAGCCAGUCUGUCACAGGAACAGAUGUUUAAUCUUUUUGACCUCAUUCCUGGCCUGGAUAAUUGUGAAAUGCAGAGAGAUCCUUAUGGAUAUAAUAAAGGUCAAGCUGUGGUUCGGUAUAAUAAUGUGGGAUCAGCAGUAUAUGCGAAAGAAAAACUGCAUGGUUUUGAAUACCCUCCUGGAAAUAGGCUGGUUGUUACCUACAUUGAGGAUGGAGAUGAAAAGUCAAGUCCUGUUGGAAUGAUGGCUUUGCAGCUGGUUGCCGCUCAGAUGAUGUCCAUGGUGUGGAGCAGUCCAGUUGGUCAGCAAUUAAUGAAACCAAACUCUGGGUACUCUUCUGGAAGCAGCACUCAGAUGAAUCGCUUGCAGACAGACGUCUCCUUGCCUCCACACAGAAAACUGGCUCCAGCUGAUAGCAGAGUCAAGGAGAGGCUUUUUAUAGUCUUUAAUCCAGCUCCUUUGCCUGUAGAUGUUUUGGAGGAUGUUUUCUGUCGAUUUGGAUCCCUCAUAGAAGUGUACAUUGUGCAGGGGCGCAAUGUUGGAUACAUUAAAUUUGCAGACAGAAAGAGUGCCAAUGAGGCCAUGAUAACUUUGCACGGUAAAGUGAUAAAUGGAGUCAAACUCAAAGUGAUGCUUGCCGAUCCACCCAAAGAAGAAUCUCAUAAGCGACAGAGAACAUAUUAGAUCAUCUCAAUGAAACUGGGAUUGAAAUGAGUUAAAUGACAUGACCCUCAGCAUGACUGGUAGAAAUGGUGACUGAGCCUGAUUUACGACGGACAGUGACUUCCUUUUGGUGACAUUGGUACUAACUGUAUACACUUUUUUUUUUUUUUUUUUUUUUUUUAAUAACACUGUUGGAGCUAAAGUCUUGACAGAAAAUCAAAAGGUAAUGGAUCAAGUGACUGUGUAUACUAUAUGUUAAAUAGUUUAAGUUUUAAUAAAACUUAUUUUUUUUGCUCACUUAUGGAUUUGUGUGUUGUUUGUUUUCUUUGUUCGGAUAUUAUGAAAAAUGGAAGUGUUUUAAAAGCCAAAUUGCUGGUGCUAUAGAUCUCAGUUUACAGGUCAUGAUGAUAAAUGCAUAAUUCCGCUAUGAUGUGUUGGGAUUUUAUACUAGUUUUGGUUCCUUUACUUGUUACAUGGGUGUAUUGGAAAAACCCUGCACAUGGUUACAGCAAUAUUUUUGUCUUUUCAAGACUACAAUACAGUAGACUGGUAUUUGUUUAUUUUUCAUUUGAAUUAUUCUGUGUAGUUGAGCUUAUUUUGUCAUGUUUGUGUGUUUUGGUUCACAUAAUGUUCUGUAUAUUGCACUGUUAUGACAGUU